AUUUCGGCCAUGCUUCAAGGAUUUUGACCCAGCGCGCGAUCGUGCGUACGUGCGUACGCCGCGAACUGUAUCAACGAUUUCCAAUCGUGACGCGCGUCGCGUCCCCUCCCCGCCGUCCUCGUUUGGGAUUUCCUGACAAUGAAGCUAUUACGACCGGGCAUUUCCACUAUCGUAGAAUCAACAUCGGGCUCGGCUGGAAAGGAUUCGUGCCCGAUGAGUAGACGCGACACCCGACUCCCCGAGUAAAACCGUGGUGGGGAACCGGUCGUGAAGCCAGUUACUCGCUGGCAUCUCGGCGUUACUUUUCCAUCGUGCAUUCAGUUCAGCUUCGUUGCGAGCAAUAACCGGACGUUUUUUCGUGUCGAGGAAACAUCGCAAACAGAAGGAUCGAAACGCGUGGAUCAGCUACGAUGCGUCUACAACCGGCAAUGUCGGUGAUACCAGCGCUGUUUAUGCUGAGCAGCGUCACGGCGCAAUGUCUCACCGGCGACGACAAUCCUGCGAUGAUGAAUCCAGGCUCGAAGAAGGCGUUGACUGACGCUCGAUUCGGUUUCGCCCUGGAGAGUCUGAAAAAAACGGCGAUGAUCGAGUCGCGCGACAACAUAUUCUUCAGUCCUCACAGUAUUCAUCAGGCUCUGACCCUGGCGUACUUUGGCGCUCGCGGUACCACCGAGGAGUCCUUAAGGAAAGCCUUGCAUAUCCCGAACGAUCUGUCCAAGGUCGAUGUGCAGCGAUACUACGCUUACGAGAAAUCCCUCAGGCAACAACUCGAAUCUCAGGGUAAUUCAUCGGGCACAGGCGAAUACACGUCGGCAAACAGAUUGUGGAUAACGGACACGCGAAAAGUGCGAGAAUGUAUGUUGGACUUUUUCGGCGAUCAGCUGGAGAAGACCGAUUUCCACAGCAAUCCAUCAGCAGCUCGCGAUCGCAUCAACGAUUGGGUCAGCAACACGACGAAGGGACAGAUCCGUGACCUUCUUUCCCCGGACAGUAUAACCGAGGACACUGAUCUAGUUUUGGCGAACGCAGUUUACUUCAAACGCCUCUGGCAGAGUCGUUUCGAUCCUGCCGAGUCCAAGAAAGAUCUGUUCUACAGCUCUGGCUCACAGAAUUCCAUGGUGACGUUCAUGCGGCAAAAGGGGACCUUCAAUCAUCUGAUUUCCGAGAUACUUGGCGCGCAUGUACUGGAGCUUCCUUACAAGGGCGAGGAUGUAUCGAUGUUCGUGAUGCUCCCUCCGUUCGCCACCGCGAGGGCCGUGAACGGCGCCGACGGUGCCGACGGGGAUGGCGUUCGUCAACUGAUCGAACGUAUUUCCACCGACGAGGGUUCCGCGGAGCUUCGUCAUAUUCUAAAUUACGGUGUCCCAGCACGGGACGUGGAGGUCUUCCUGCCGCGAUUCGAGAUCGAGAGGGAGCUUCCGUUGGGCACGUUGCUUAACGCGUUGGGCGCGGGAGAGUUGAUGGUUCCGAACGCGGCCGAUCUCCGGGGAUUCCUCGAAGACGGGGAGAAACCGUUGCACCUGGGCGACGCGGUUCACCGCGCGCGAAUCGAAGUCACCGAAGAGGGCACCACCGCAGCAGCCGCGACCGCCUUGUUCAUGUUCCGUUCGGGCAGGCCGCUGCAGCCCGCCAUUUUUAACGCGAAUCACCCGUUCCUCUACUUGAUCUACGACAAACCGAUGCGCACGAUCCUCUUCAGCGGGAUCUAUCGCGCGCCCAAUCCGCCGCAGAACAACGCGCAGACUGGCGCUUAAUAUGUUUGAGUCAGCGUGAUUUUCGUCGUUCCUCGUUUGCCCUUUGUGUGUUCCGAAGCGAGUGCAAGGUGGAAGCGUGCGAGAGCUUUGUGUGCACGUGUAUCGUAGUCCUCUCGGAAGAAAAGCUAUGGAAGUUAGGCGACCAGGCACCGAUCUAUCGAUCGGGGCACCAUUUCGGUUUGGACGCGUGAUGUUUUUGUCAGUGACGGUUGGUGAACGUUUAUAGCGACGAUAGAGGUACUUUAUUCAGGCUUUUAUUUCAUUUUUUUCCUGCAAUUGUGGGCUUGAAAAUGUUAUACUCUGUAUUCCACUGGAUUAUUUCCUCGUUAUUCAUUUUCAAAUUAAAUGGGGGAAAAAGAAAGAUAUUAACCCUGACGAUAAUGAUAAUAAAGGCUAUAACAACGUUAAUGUCACUAAUUUGCGUUCUUGUUAU